AAUUUUUCCCACAUCAACCUCAAAUAGAUCUGGUCUUAAGCAUUUCGAAAAUUCGCUAAUUUUCAACACACAUCAAAAUGGCAAAGUUUGCUGGAGUUGCUUGUCUGGUGCUAAUGUGCAUGCUGGUUGCCGUGUCGCUUGCACCCCAUGCCGAGGCCAUUACAUGCGGCACCGUAGCUGGCGACUUGGGUCAAUGCCUUGGCUAUUUGGAGAAGGGUGGCGUUUUGCCGCCUGGAUGUUGCGCAGGGAUUAGGAACCUCAACAGUCAAGCUAAGACCACCGCUGAUCGCCAGACUGCUUGCUCAUGCUUGAAGUCACUAGCUGGCAGAGUCGGGAAUAUCAACGAAGGUCUUGCUGCUGGACUUCCUGGAAAAUGUGGGGUUAAUGUUGGUUAUCCUAUCAGUACCAAAACCGACUGCAACAGUGUCCAUUGAGGUGGGAUUUUCUUGAACGUGGUUUCUGCGGAGAGCUUGAGGUUAUGCUCGCUAGUGCUAGUAGGAUUUCUAAAUAAGAUGGCCAAGCCCUUAGGCUGCGCCUAAUAUGUACCUGUAGUCAUAUAUGGUGUCCUAUGCAGUCACCAGAGAUCUUAUGUUAAAACUUAUUUGAUGGUUAUACAUCAUUAUGUCCUUUCGUACUCA